GUUGUUGUAUCGCGCGGGCAGGAGAUAAGACAGCAGUAUUGACAGACGGGUCUUAAAAACUUAUAUACUGUGGCUGAGUGGAAGCAUCAGAGGUCUGUUUGGGCUGAGGAAGGAAGUGUCCUGCAGGAAAAUGCAAUGAAAGCGCUAUAAUUAUCUCCAAGCGGCUUUUCUUUCGAUCUCCCAGGGACGGUCGCGUUUGAAGAAGAGGCUUCAGCGGGUUGUCUGAAUACAUGGAAGAAUGGCGUUGAAAACCUUUCUGAACUUAUUUUGAACUCAGAUACAGUCUAUGAACUCAUGCACUUUUCAGCUCGCACAUUGAACUGUGUGAAUUAGUUUAGUCGAAUCAAUAGUCCAUUUAUACGUUUGGGAACGCUUGGAGCCAUCCGCACUCUUCCUGUUUAAGGUUUAGGUGAGUAGGGCAAAGUUAACAUUCGUGUCACUGAAAGCUAAAGCAGAUAGAAGUUAAAUUUACUUUACUGCGGCGAGGAGUCUCAAGUUAGAGUUUAUUAUGAGUUUUGGACGCCUGCCUGAAAUCACCAAGCAGCAGGAAACGCUCAUUAACGGACUGCUGUAACGUAACUAACUGUGGAAGGCAACUAAGCACAAAGGACUGUACUUACACUAAUUCAGAAUAUACAACCUGCUCUGUAGCACUGCAGCAGUGAUGGACAACAUAGACAUCGAGCAGCAGGAGCCGUUUCCUGUGGACCGAGAUGGGAGACCGUUCAGUACUGAAGGAGACCAGCCUGAUGGUGACAGGAAGCUGGGAUGUUGUGAGAGGUUCCAGCAGUCUGUCUCCAAGUGGAUGCUUCCAGAAGACUUGCGCAGCACGUACCUGGAACGUACCAACUGCUGCCCGCCCCCCAUCUUCAUCAUCCUCAUCAGUAUUGGAGAGCUGGCAGUGUUUAUCUACUAUGCUGUGUGGAAGCCUCAGAAGCAGUGGGUGACCCUCGAUGAAGGCAUCUGGGGCAGCCCCCUAACCUACAAGCCUGAGUGCAGGCAGGAAGCAUGGCGCUUCAUCUCCUACAUGUUUGUCCAUGCUGGUGUGCAGCACAUUGUCGGCAACCUGGUGAUGCAGCUGCUGCUGGGUAUCCCACUGGAACUGGUCCAUAAAGGGUUUGAAGUGGGAAUGGUUUACCUUUCCGGCGUCCUGGCUGGCUCUUUGGCCAGCUCCAUCUUUGAUCCUUUCAGUGCAUUGGUGGGGGCUUCUGGGGGUGUUUACGCCCUGAUAGGAGGCUAUUUUAUGAAUGCAGUGGUGAAUUUCAGAGAGAUGAUUCCUCUCCUUGGAGUAUUUCGUAUCCUUGCCAUCGUGAUUAUUGUCGGCACAGAUUUUGGAUUUGCCUUCUAUAGAAGAUUUGUCAGUGGUGACGCUGCUUUGAAGGUGUCUUUUGUGGCUCAUUUUGGAGGAAUUGUGGCGGGGAUGACCAUCGGCUACGUCUUCUUCAGUGCUUACAACAAGAAGCUACUCAGAGACCCACGAUUCUGGCUGUGUAUAGUGGGUUAUAUAGUCUUUGUGCUCUUUGCUGUGCUCUUCAAUAUUUUUCUCUCACCAGCACCGUAGGACCAUAAGGCUGCAGCUGCACCAGUUGCACUGUUUUUUGUUUUUUUUUUUUGUAACAGAAAAAGCCCUAAUGUCACACUCAGGAAACUGUAUUUUACUGAUGUACUAAUGUUUUCAGUGUUCAGAGCAAAGUAGCUUUUCAUAGAUGUUGUGAAUGUAGUGUUCAGGGUGUUUUCCUUUACUAUUAAAUUUUCGUAGAGAUAAAGUUGUGAGUUCUAAUGGAGGGGGUGCCCCCUGCUGUUUAUACGUAGCAUUGCGAAGGCAUGUCUUUGAUUUUAGACAAGGUUGAUAAUGAAAUGUGCCUUUUAUAAAGUGAAUAAUUUUUAACUGAUAUUUCUCUUAUUAUGGAUAUGAUCUUUACUAUUGCUUUGUCUGUUUUAUUUGUAAGAUUUUUUACUUUUCAUGAUAAUCAGGAUAUUAUUGAACACUCUGGUCUGAGUUCAUGUCACUUUUCCUUAAUAUGAAAUAAUGGCCAAACUCCCGUAUGGAAUAAUAAUAUGCUUCUCUAUGCUGUUACAAUUUUUUUUAUUGAAUAACCAUGGACUGUUAUGGAAUUCCAGUAUUCCUCACCAUGUGCCUUAAACGUGGUGAAGUCUGUCACCACAUUGAACACUAAAUUAGACAUUAGAUAUCACAUUUGUUCAGUCAUGUUGGUUGGUUGUUGUAUGACAGCACUAAUAAGAAGAAAGAGUUUACAAAGAAGUCUCAGGAAAAGGAAUGAAUGCUAAAAAUGUUGGUGUUGCCCUUUCCUUUUGUAAGCACAAGAGCUGGUUUUACCUUGGCUUAAUGCCACAUUAUUGUUUCAGUCGCAUCCUGUUGACAGAACAUGGCUGAUUACAUGAUGAGUUGUAAAACUGUUGAUUAAUUUUUUGUCGUUCUUGUUGUUUUUUAACCUUGGAAAUACAAAAAGUUUAUAUGGCUUUAAACAUAAACAUCCAGCUUUUUGAAAUAACCUCUACUGUAACUUGUUAGUACAAUUAAAGAAUUGACAUUGUAUUUAGCUAAAUUACCUUUAACACUAACUGUAAGUUAUAGUUUAGUAACUGUACAUUUUUUGUUCCAUAGGCCUAAAAAUGCAAACUCUUUAAUAUUACUGUUUUAUAUUUGGUUUUACAAGGAGCAUUGGGUGCCAUUUUUUGAAAAUGUGCUUCAUUUAUCUACCAAAGAUCAACCUGAGACCUCCUACGUUUGGUUUUGCAUUUCCACAGCUCAAUGUUUAACAUUGAAGUUUGAUGUUUUUCUAUGUUUUUCUAUGAAAUUGAAUCUGAAGUUCUGCAGAAACAAGUCAAGACUAUUGAAAUUAUUUGAUGAAUCUAUACAGACUAAUUAUAGUUGUUUGAUGCAGCAGGGACUCGGUUUCAUUGUUUUUGCUGUUUUAUAGUAUGUGGAAAGUUCCAUAGUCUCCAGCACAUCAAUUUAAUUUAGUCCAUCAAUAUUUAAUUAUUACAAACUAUGCUUGCCUCAACUCUGAAACACAAUAUUGGCCGCUAAACCCUUAUUGAUUUGGUGUUUUACUCUUUUUCUUAUGUGUAGUUUUAUAUUAGAAGCUUUAACAAGGAUCAUCAUCAUCUUUAAAUAUUGAAAAUAAACACUGGGUUCCUUAAUUCA